UAAAAUAGAAACCAAAGCGUUUAGAUAUCUAUACGUUGUCAUUAGAUAUUUAUUAUUAUGUCAGAGACAUUAUUAUUGGUAUUGUUGUAAACUGCAUCAUCAAUGGACACGUUUUUAAAACAUCUUAUAGGCCUAUAGCCGAAAAUCACAAAAUGUUGCAGCCAAAUAAACUCCGUGGAAGAGAGUAAAGUUGUAUUUCGAUCCUGUUAAGUAAGUAAAAUAAAUAAAUAAACGAAAUCGGUUGAUUUCCAUUUCAGAGAGAUGAACACUGGGAGUGCUUGUGCAUGCACUGACACAUUUUAAUCCUUUUUUUUCCUCUCAGACGAAAUGUCAAUGCUGGAGGCAAGGGAGACUCGCAUCUAAAGCCUAUGAACAUUUCGUAUUCCUUAUGAAGAUGCACAAUGCAUAAUACUAAUAAUAACAUAGAAUUUAACAAAUACAUUUCGGCAUAUAUUUUGUUUAUGCGUUUUAUAAAUAAGACGGCCCACCGUUUUCAAUAACCUAUGGGAACGCGUAAUAAAGUGUAAUGAACAAUUUAAUUUUACACUGAAGUUUUGAAAUAAAUGAAUCGAGUAUGGUGUCUUUUUUUAGCUCUCGGCGGUUGGUUGGACGAAACUGACAGAGCGCGAAUUAACUUAUUGGCCUAUAGCACACCCGUCUUCCCCAAAGUUUAGACUUUUCUUGCAGUAUUAUAGUGGGGACCAAUUAAAUAUACGAGUUCUGAUCCCUUGGACAGAAUGGAAAUGUAACACAUUUUAAAAUGAUUGGUGUUGGCGAUAGGGUUGGAAGCGCACCUGCAACUCCAUGGAGCUUUGGGAAUGGUCCGGAGUUAUCUUUUGUCCUCUGACAAAAAACCUUUAAUUCUCCCAGACGUGUGUUUUAUUGUCUGUCAGGCCUCGGCCAGGGCCUUGGGGAUGAAAUAAAACAUACAUUAGUUGUAAAUAAUAUCAAUUAUAUCCUCAACCACAUGUUAUCGCAACAAGAAAUGUAUUUAAUUGAUUUUAAUAUAUUGGAUUAAGCUAUAAAAUUGCAAUGACGAAAAUGUAAGAUAUUUUGCCAGUGGUAGUGUAAUGAAAGCUGUCAGUGUAUUGAGAUACUUUGAGAAUAUAAUGGUUCAACAGAGAGACGAGUUAGAUGCUAAGGAGCAAUCAGUGGCGAAUAAUUGUGUUGUUUACGGAUAAAUUGAAAGAGCAUUGACCGGGCUAUAAAAUCAGUAAUUACAUUAAUUUCACUGAAGGGAAGCAUGUCAAUAUCACAAUUUUUUUCAUACUUCCUAGUAUUAAGGCUUUUUAAAUAAAUUAUCCUAAUUCCUAAUGCUCUAAUAUCGUUUUAGAAUAGGUCGUUAUUUUUUGCCAUGUACUAUUUGCGGCAUCUAUAUCAUGUUAUAUCAUGACGCAUACUAGGCCUGUGUGGUGUUUUGUAGGCUAAACUUGACAUAUUGACUAUGAUCAUGUUUCACCAUUCAAUCUAACGGAUUACUUUAGCUGCCUUCUCUCUAUAACAUAUCCACUGCCCCGCCCUUACCCCAACACACACAAAAACAAUCGCACGCACGCACGCACGCACACACAAACACACACACACAAUGUUUUACCAGCAAACUGUAAAAUAUAAUUUCAGACUCAAGUUAAAACAAUCCUAUACAGAAUGUUGAAUUUAUUUUUAUUAUUGUAAACAUCCUUGCUGAAUUAUUACACACAAUAUGCUUACAGGUAAAAUACAAUAACCUUCUGUGCACGGCGGCAAAACAUACAAGAUCAGAGGAAAAAUAUCACCUGCACAUUACUCUGUUAUAUCCACUAAACGUUUCAUACCAGUUAAAAGUUAUCGAAUCAAAUUUAUUAAAUGACCAAACUGAAACCCCAUGGGUUUAUAACGUUUAUAAAAAGCAAAAAUAGUCUAAAUUACAAUUUAAUAUCCUGAUACUAAUAUUAUAUUAAUAUCCAUCUAAUUAAUUCCCACAAACAGCUUAUGCAAAUGUCACUAAACAGUAUCGUGUCUUUAAGCUGCGAUUUAGUAAUGUCGUCUGUUAACUAAAACCUAUAGAAAAGUAAUGAAAAUGUCAAUACCCAAAGUGUCUCUUGCUCUCGCAGCCAGCAUGCACGGAGGGUUUGAGGUGAGAGUGACAGCUCUUUGUUGGUGAAUAGAAAUCAGUGGCAUAGAGAGAGGGGGCGACUCCUCCUACCAAAUUAUCCAAACUGGGCAGGCUUUUGCUCUCUUCACAAAUAGGACACGGCUCUCCAACUCAGGCAGUCCUAAUCUGACCUUCUAGCACACGGAACCCUAUUACGAGAGAUCGGUGGGACUGUCGAGAGACAAAUACCUUAUCUAAACUUUUGACAUUCUAACCGUCCAUCACCCUCCUUCUCAUCAUCAUCUCCGCUGGAUCAGCUGGACUAUACUUUUUUUUGGGCAACAAUAGAUUAUAUUCUGAGGAGAGGAAAACAAUUAUUUCCUGCCUUGAUUUCCCCGGUUCCUCGUCUCCUGACUUCACCGAAUUGUAGGCCUAGUUUUUUUUUGCCAGUUUGCUUUGCACACUUGCAGGGAGUUAAGCUGAGCUGUGUGCCUCUUGUUGUGUGUGCGUGUGCUUGUCUCGCUGCAGAGCCAUUCGGAUGCUCUGAGCCUACGGGACGCAGAGUUGUAUAUGGAAGUUGUGGGUUGCAAGGCAGAAGCGAGCAGUUGCACAUUGCGUCGUUCAGGAGCGGGAACCAUGCUGUUCCACGGGAUCUCGGGUGACCACAUCCAGGGCAUCAUGGAGGAGAUGGAAAGGAGAUCCAAAACCGACUCACGCCUCGCCAAGAGCGUGCAGCUCAACGGACGGGAAUCGACGAUGUCUUCAAUGGGCACGGAGAAGCCUGCAGUGUGUGCCGGCUGCGGAGGCAAAAUUUCGGACAGAUAUUACCUGCUCGCCGUGGACAAGCAGUGGCACCUGCGGUGCCUCAAAUGCUGUGAAUGUAAACAACAUCUGGAAUCAGAGCUCACGUGUUUCGCCAAAGAUGGCAGCAUCUACUGCAAGGAGGAUUACUACAGAAGGUUCUCGGUGCAAAGGUGCGCGCGCUGCCACCUUGGAAUCUCCGCUUCUGAGAUGGUGAUGCGAGCUCGAGACUCCGUGUACCACCUUAGCUGUUUCACGUGUACAACGUGCAAUAAGACCCUGACCACCGGCGACCACUUCGGUAUGAAGGACAGUCUGGUGUAUUGUCGGAUCCACUUUGAGACCGUAGCCCAGGGAGAGUACCCCCACCCUGGCCUCAACUAUGCCGAGCUGGCGGCAAAAGGCGGAGGUCUUGCGCUGCCUUAUUUCAAUGGCACUGGGACGGCCCAGAAAGGAAGGCCUCGCAAGCGGAAGAGCCCUGCAAUGGGAAUAGACAUCGCCAGCUAUAAUUCAGGUUGUAAUGAGAAUGAUGGAGACCACCUGGACCGUGACCAGACCUACCCUCCCUCCCAGAAGACCAAACGCAUGCGUACUUCCUUCAAGCACCACCAGCUUCGCACCAUGAAGUCCUACUUUGCUAUCAACCACAACCCUGACGCCAAGGACCUCAAACAGCUCGCCCAGAAGACAGGCCUCACCAAAAGAGUUCUACAGGUAUGGUUCCAAAACGCAAGAGCCAAAUUCAGAAGGAACGUUUUGCGACAGGAGAAUGGGGGUGUUGACAAGGCCGACGGCACGUCACUCCCUCCGCCCUCGUCCGACAGCGGCGCUCUGACGCCCCCCUCCAGCACGGCCACACUAACAGACCUGACCAAUCCCUCUAUCACUGUAGUGACCUCCGUCACAUCUAGUAUGGACAGCCAUGAUUCGGGGAGCCCCUCACAGACUACCUUGACAAAUCUUUUCUAGCUCUACAACUCUAAGCUCCUGACUCCUUUUUGUUUUCCCCACCAAUUAGAAUUUUAAUUUUUUUAAACAACACCUUUAAAGAAAAAAAGAGACACUUCCAUGGAUACAAGAAGUACUGUACGUACACAAGAAAAAACAACAGGAACAGCAACUACAACUACAGCAACAUUUAAACAGGAGGACAUUAUUUUGAUGUGUAGCAUUUGCAACCGCUUGGCAGCUGAGUUUGUAGUGAACAUAUAUAGUGAUUGGUUUUGUUUAGAAAACAUUUUAAUUUGGACAACAUUGAACAUUUAUGUAAGAAGUUCAAAAAUCUUUGACAGAUCUCAAAUGCAACUAUUUAAAUGGGGAAAUAAUACUAUUUGUACUUUAUUUCUUACAUUUUAUUAUUUUUCUUUGAUAUAGGCUAAAUUGAUCCGUCUCUGAUAAUUUAUUUAUCAUUUACUGAAAUAGAAUUGAAAAUUAUUUAUAUUUGCCGUAUAAAUGUGUAUACAUACACUUUGUUGGAACUAUCUUAUUGGAUUAUUAUAUCGAUUAGUCAUUCUAAUCUCUAAAUUGCAUCAUAUUCAAGAACCUAAAAAUUACAACUCAAAUGCCAGGUGGCUGCUAUGACCUCAACAUGCAUUUUGUCUUGAUACCUCAACUGUGAUAACAAAAAAUAAUGAGAACAAAACAAAUCUUUAAUUCUGUACAGUGGUUACCGUUCAGAAUGUAAUACAGUUACAUUAAUAUUCAAAAUAAUUCCUCAGUAGAAAUCGGCAAGAGAAAUUCUGAUCGGGACACAGCAAUGGGCAAUAUUUCAAAUUAUAGUUAUUUUGAUACAUACAUUUUACUAAUCAUUUGGCUUAAUGUUAAUUACCAACACACAUGGAAACAGUACAGUAGGUAAUUUAGGAUUCAGUGUACCUGUAGUAUUACUUUAAAAAAACAAUUGCACAUUGACAAAAUACUGCCCAGUGAAAAGUGCAUUAUUAUCAUCAUUAUGUUGCUCAGGGGUAAAGAUGGGUUGAUUCUGAAAAAGGUAAGGAGGAGAGGAAGGUAAACAAAAGGUGAUGUGGCAGAUUAGAUGUGUAGAGCGGACAGAAAAUAUUACAGUAACCUUAGAAAACUGGAAAUGGUAAGACAUGCAGCCAUUGUGGGACAAAGAAAUCAUAAUUCAUCUCUUUUUGGCCAUAUUUAUACUUUUGUUAUGGACACUGGCCACUGAACAGACCAAAAACAUGUUUCCUCUGGCUAAAUUAAGAAACAGAAUGAGAAAGAAAGGAGUUCUUACUGCGGGGUUAAAACACACAUACAUAAAAAUAUUCUGGGCCAGCUGUUUGAGGUCGUUGGCGUCGGGGUUGUGGUGGAUAGCAAAGCAGGACUUAAUGGUGCGAAUUAAGAGAAACAAAGAAAGAAGUCCUUGCUGCGGGGUAAAACAUUUUAUUGUAAUUGUCACAAUUUGUUCUAUUGUAGAACAAAGCGUUAUUCUAAAUCUACUUCAUGAAGUAGAUGCCUAACUCAGUUCUACUAGCUAUGUGCCUUAUGCUAUAACUUGGAAGAAAGCUUGUGAACUUCAGGAUUAUAUGUUUUGUUUGUUAACUGAUUCACAUCCUUUUGACGCCUCACUAGUUUUGUACUGUUUUGCAUCUUAUUUCUGAAGAUCUUUUUAUGGUGUAUCCUGUUAAAAGGGGGCAGCGAUGUCAUUGAAAGCAUUUGUGCACUCUUUCAGAUAUAGUUGGUUAAUCCAAUAAUCUUAUAUUGAUCUUCGUGUUAAUAGUUGAGUACAGUAACUGUUCUAUCAAGAUUGUCCAUGUUUUCCUGUUUCUUGAUAAAGAUGGUGUAUAGAAACUAUUUCCCCUUAAAUAUUUAUGGACCAAACGGUUGUUAUAUAUCUUAUUAAAUUUGUGUGAAUAAAAAUACUUUGCUUUAAAUGAGUUUUAUUUUUCAUUACACUUGCCAUUUUGUGUUGUUCCUUAGAUACUAUGUUUUAUUUUUUUACUCACAUCAACAAAUGAAAAGGCAUUCAAUGAUUGAUUGACCAAUUAAAACAUUUGUACUUUCAUUUUCUAUUUGAAUUUCCUAUGUUAUAGUGUUUAUAUUUUUAAAGUAAUGCCCCAUGGAUUUGCACCUAAACCCUGUAGUCAAAAAAUAUUAACAUUACUUUUUAAUGCAUGUAUAUUGCUAUAAAAAUUUGAAAAGGAAAUGCUACAAAGCAUAUCAUUGAUUGAUAUAUUUAUGUAGAGCUAAGGUGAAGUAAAAUUAAAUGCAGACCCAUAAAGCCAGGUUGCUCUGUAGUUAAUAUAUUGU